AUGCUCGAUGAUCGUAUUAAAAAAUUAUACUUAAAUCAAAAAAGCAAUACUAGGAGAGAAUUCAUUCAUAACAAUGUACAUCGAUCGAAUACAAGUGGAGAUCAGAUGGAUGUAGAAGAAAGCAGUCCAAGUCAACCUUCAACAUCAAGCCAGACGAUAAUUGCUAGUGAAAAAUCAGAAUUAUUAACAACAAAAUCAUUAAGUGAAGCUACGAAUUUCGGUUCGGAUUUGGAGUAUGAUCCUUCAAUACAAAUGAAGCGACCAAAAAUUAAUAUUUUAACUCCAGAGCUGAUUUCCGCACUUGACAGAGCUAAUGUCAGCAGUAGAAAUGCCAUGUUUAUUAUAGCUCCCAUUCUGACAAGCGUUGGUAUCAAUAUAGAAGAUACAACUCUGAGUUAUAGUACAAUUCAACGAACUCGUAUGAUGUUCCGCAAAGACUUAGCUCAAGGAUUAAAAAAUGAUUUUAAAACACACGACAAAUACGUCGUGCACUGGGAUGGAAAAAUACUACAGGACAUUACUGGAUCUAAAUCCGUCGAUCGGCUUCCAAUCCUCCUUACAGCAUUUGGUAUUGAACAAUUACUUGGAGUGCCAAAAAUGGACUCUGGAACUGCAGAGAAUCAAACAUCGGCUAUUUUAAGGACUUUGAAUGAAUGGAGUCUUACUCGCUAUAUUAAAGCGAUGUGUUUUGACACAACUAAUGUUAACACAGGUAUUCACCGUGGAACAUGUGUUGAAAUUGAAAAAGCUCUGGGAAGAGAAUUAAUUUACUUACCAUGUCGCCAUCAUAUCUAUGAAAUCAUUUUACGAAGUGCGUUUGAAGUAUAUUGGCCGGUAUCGUCAGGACCAAACGUACCAAUAUUCGGACGAUUUAAAAAAGAAUGGGACAAAAUAGAUAAGACCAAAUAUAAAGCUGGUAUUGAAGAUACUAUUGUCGCUGAUACUCUUUCAAAUAAAAAAAAUGAAAUAUCUAGUUUCAUUAAAAAAUGUUUGCAACUAUGGUUAACACGAGAUGAUUACAAAGAGUUCCUGGAACUGUCACUUGUUUUUCUCGGAGAAAUGCCUCAAGAUCAAGUUUAUUUUAAAUACCCUGGUGCAGUACAUCAUGCGAGAUGGAUGGCGAAGGCCAUUUAUUGCUUAAAAAUAUUCAUUUUUAGAAAUGAAUUUGUACUGACUCCCAAAGAAUUGAAUAGUCUGCGGCAAAUUUGUAUUUUUAUAGUCAUGGUUUAUUUAAAUGCUUGGUUUUCAACGACUUCUGCGACUACAGCUGCUAACCAUGAUUUAGAAUUCUUAAAAAAACUUAUUGAGUACAAAGAAAUAAAUGCUUCAAUAUCUUCCGCGACUUGCCACAAAAUGACUCUUCAUUUGUGGUAUUUAAAUGAUGAACUUGCCAUUUUAUCAUUGUUCGAUGAAACCGUUCCACUUGAAAUGAAAAAAAAAAUUGUCAAAGCUGUAAAAACUCGUGAAGCUAUGAAUCCUAAAGCUAAAAAAUUUAUAAUUGAUCAAAACAAGCUAAACUUGAUAAUGCAGAAAGACUUGAGUGACUUUGUUUCUCAAAAAUCUUUGAAUCUGUUUAAAAUAUUUGAAUUACCAUACGAUUUUCUAGAUCUUGACAUUGAAUUGUGGUCUUCUGAUGACAGUUAUCGAGAAAAUCAAAAUUAUUUUAAACAAUUAAAAGUUGUAAAUGACAUUGCAGAGCGAGGAGUGGCAUUAAUAACCGAAUACAACCAAUGUUUGACUAAGAAUGAAGAGCAAUUUCAAUAUUUGUUGCAAGUUGUCAAAGAACAUCGAGAAAAAUAUCCUAAUUGCAAUAAAAAGGAAAAUAUUUACUUACCUAAAAAAUCUGGUAGAAAAUUAUCAUAA